UCUGCUGUCCGUCAAGCGGAAGUGCAGCAGAUUUGGGACUAGCGCAGAGUGGACACGCUACCGUCAAACACUCACACACACGCUCUCACACAAACACACGUCCUCCGACAUCCGCCUGAACACACACCGCGAUGGACGGAACCAGCGAACGGAAGACAGUUCUCGAAAGGUAACCUGGAGUGAGUGAUGCGGUCAGCUGUGUUGAUGCUGUGUGGUCACUAAAGUUCCUCGCAGAUGUCUGGCUUAGGGCUGAUGGGUCGCGUGAGGUCGGCGUUCCGCCGGCGGACAGACAGCUGGCACCUGAGCGACACGGCAGCCUUCGACUUCUCCGACGAUCUGGAGGACGACGAGGUGCCUCGGUUUAACCAGCUGAAGGUGGUGGUGUCCGGAGAAGCGGACGAGAUUCCUGUGUCUUCACGCAACGGCGCAGCGGUCAACACGCUGCUAGCGGACGAUGAUGACUCUCUGCUGGGCUCCUCGUCCAGUCUGGGGAGCCCCGGCGCGAUGCCGGACCCCUGCGAUGGAUGUCGCAUGACCAGAGAGCGCGACAAGCGCAGGAGGGUGAUGAGGAAGCUGGGCUUCGCUGCGGUGCUCUACUUCCUGUUCAUGGUGGGCGAGCUGAUAGGGGGAUACAUGGCCAACAGUCUGGCCAUCAUGACGGAUGCGCUGCACAUGUUAACGGACCUCAUCGGGAUCGUGGUUUCGCUGCUAGCGCUCUGGCUCUCGGCCAAACCGCCCACCUACAGAUUCACCUUUGGCCUCCAUCGGCUCGAGGUUCUGUCCGCGGGAAUCAGUGUGCUGCUGAUCUAUAUUCUGACGGGAGUGUUGGUGAACGAGGCCGUGCAGAGGACCAUCCAGCAGGACUUCACCAUCGACGGAGACGUGAUGCUGAUCACAGCCGCGGUGGGCGUCGCCGUCAACCUGCUGAUGGGCUUCCUCCUCAACCAGUCCGGUCAUCUUCAUUCACACGGCCACACCCACUCUCACGGGUCACCGGGGCGGGGUCAGGGUCAGGGUCAGCGGGGUCACGGCAGUCUGGCGGUGCGAGCGGCCUUCAUCCACGCUCUGGGUGAUCUGGUUCAGAGCGUCGGUGUGCUCAUCGCUGCCUACAUCGUCAGGUUUAAGCCGGAGUAUAAGCUGGCCGAUCCCAUUUGUACGUACCUGUUCUCUAUACUGGUGCUGUUCAGCACAUUCCAGAUCAUCAGAGACACCGGCAUCAUUCUGCUGGAGGGUGUUCCGCGUCAUGUGGACGUGUCUGGAAUCAGAGCUGAUCUGCUGAAGCUGCAGCAUGUGGAGUGUGUGGAGGAGCUGAAGCUCUGGGCACUGACGGCCGAUAAAACCGCAGCCAUCGUUCACCUGCAGCUCGCGCCGGGGAUUGUGGGUAACUGGGAGGAAGUGCAGUCAAACGCACGGCGGCUGCUAACGACGUCACACGGCGUGACACACUGCACAGUGCAGCUGCAGACGCACAGACAGGGGGCGCCACAGUCCUGCACACACUGCCUCACACCGAGUGCCUAAAAACCGUCUGUCUCUCGCUGUCACACACACACACGCACACACACACACUCACAGGACGAGAGAGAGAUGGGGAUCGUCUAGCAGCUUUUUCUAUAAUGAAUAUUGACCUCAUUUUGAUAAACCUUUAAUACUGACGUGCACACAGGAGGACCGGACCCGCUUGAUUUGCGUUUGUUCUGGAGCCGUCUGUCACUGAGGAACAUCGACAGAUGGAGGGACGCCGUUGUGUUUGUGUGUUCUGGGGUGAAUCUCAUGAAAUCACAUCCGGGUCGCAUUAAAGUGACAACAUUAGAAGAAAAACAACCACUUGUUUUGCUUGAGCUGAAUGACGCUUGUAUUGUUUUUGGUUUAUUUUUAUUAUUUUUUUUUAAUCACAGUUAAGCACAGUUAUGCCUGGAUUCUCAUUGUCAAUGCAAAAACACACAUUUCAAUAAUGCAAUGCCUUUGAAUUUACUUCCAAAGGGGUUUGAUUCUCGUUACUGUAAUUUUAUUAAAAUCAGCAUGAAUUAAAGGCAGUGCAGCACAUACAUAAUUUAGAAAUACUUAACAAAUUAAUAUUUAAUUUUUCACAUUAAAGUGGGGAGGUGCUUAUGUUUGCAUGAAAAUAAUGCCACUGUGCAGAAAGCAGGCUUUAUUUGUUAUAUCUUGUGAAAUAUGACCUGAACGUGUUCCUGACAGCUUUCAUGAGAUUCACAGUCUGAGAUCUGACUGAACUGAAAUCAUCCAAAAGCGUUUGUCCUCAUAUCUCACACCUCAUUAGAAAGCAUUAAAUAUUGCAUAUGUUUACAGGAUUCCUCAUUUAGCAACUGACAAUCAUAGUUUGACAGGACAGACUGUAGGCUCACUGCGGUUUUGUGCACUUCAUACAUUUAUAAUUAUUGUGUGCCAACAUGAUCGAUUCAGAUACUCAGAACAAGAUGACAUGUCCCUUUUAUCUUUUAUUUGAUUUUUUUGUGCCUCAAGAUACAGAUUGAAUACGAUUAUUUAACUGUCAAUGACUGCCAUCAGUAUUUUGCUGUUAUGCCUUUUUAUUAGUUUUAUGGUUUUGUUUUUUGUUUUAUGAUUUUGAUUUUGAAACACAAUAUAAGUCCUUUGCAUCAGAGUGAAGGUUCGUUCGGUCGUUUCUUUAUGUUUGCAGUAUUUGUUUUAUAUGGGUCUGAUGGCAUCAGGAUGAUCGAUUUACACUGACUGCUGAAGCGCUUGAAAUAACUUGAAAUAAAUACAUUUUAAAUGCCUGUAAUCGGCUUUCGUGUGUGUUUUCAUUGGGUUUGGGCUCAUGCCACAGCGAAAAACAUCUAUCUUUGUUUUUCUAUACUGGUGACAUGAAUUUUGGGUGAAACUUAGAAAUGAACAAAAUGUGUGUGUGUCCUGUUUGCUCUUUAAUGAUGUUUUCAUCGGUUGUAUUGUGAUCACAGUGAGGUGUGCUGCCGUCUCUUAGCAACAGACGUGUGAAUGCUGCUGUUGCUAGGUGAUGAUUUGUACGGACAGUGACUUAAAGGUUGAGUUUAAGUUCAGU